AUGUUUAUUGUCAUCAUUUUUAGGCAGAUCGCUGAUAAAUUGAAGGCGGGAAGUGUUAUCGAACCCGAGAGUUUUGAUCAGGUUACAGUAUUCUUCUCGGAUGUGGUUCGUUUUGGAGAAUUAGCAGCAAAGAGCACUGCAAUACAAGCAAUAACCCUGCUCAAUGAUUUGUUCACCAUGUUUGAUGGGGUCAUCGAGACUUAUGAUUGUUACAAAGCAAGUACAUCAUAUAUGUGAUUUUGAAAGGCGAGUAAAUCAAAGUAUCUUUCAGGUGGAGAGUGUUGGAGAUGACACUUUAGUGGUUAGUGGCCUCCCAGUUCGGAAUGGAAAUCGACAUGUCAAGGAAAUCGCCAACCUUUCUUUGGCCUUUAUGAAUGGCGUGGCUGUCUUUAGAAUCCCCCAUCUGCCUCAUGAGAAAGUCCAGCUUCGAAUCGGAUUCCAUUCUGGCCCUUGUGUCGCUGGAGUUGUUGGAUUAGCUAUGCCGAGAUAUUGUUUGUUUGGGGACACUAUCAACACGGCCAGUAGAAUGUGCUCAAAUGGGAGGCGUAAGUCCUAAAGCAAUCAUCCAUAUCCACUUCAGCCGAUCGAAUUCAUUUAUCAUCCGAUUCCAACAAACUUUUACAGCAAAUCGGAGGAUUUGCCACCCUGUCCAGAGGAGAACUUAUCAUCAAAGUGAGGAAUUAUCUUCUUCUAAUUGGUGUCAUUUUAGGGAAAAGGAGUCAUGGAGACAUUCUUCCUUGAAGGCAUGGCUACAGAUCCCAUUCCAUUUGUAUCAGAUUCGCGAGGAACGACAGCUUCAUUAAAGGACGGACAAAAGAAGAUAUAA